GUGGCAGAGAGGGACCAGAGUGAGCCGCGGCGUGGCCAGGAACAUCUGUCAUCAGGAUGAAGUUUGCUAUCAUUCUCGCUGCCUUUGUGGCCACGGUAGCCGCCCAGGAGGGAUACAACAAGGGCUACUUCCAGUACGCCAACGUCAAAGGUCCGAAGGAGUAUGAGCACGGCUAUAAUCGGGGCAACGCCUACCACAACCGCGACCACUUCCAGCAGAAUAAGGACCACAAGUUCCGCGCCAAGGUCAGCUGGAACGACAAGACCGGCGGCCAGGGAGAGCACUACUUCGAGUACAACCACGGCCCCAAGGGUGGCCCGUACAAGGAGCCUGCCCCCUACGCGCCGGAGCCUGCUCCAUACGCGCCGGAGCCUUACGUGCCCACUUACAACUGAGGCGGCGUGGAACCGCGGGAGCCGCCGAAGCAGACUCCCGGAGCCGAUACACCACGCGCUUUCAUCUUCGCCGCACGUGCUUCUAGUCAGAAUUUCAUCAGCUGGUGGCAAUGUGAACGUGCUGCCAUGACUUCCGAGCACUGCGACGGUGUUGACCAAUGUCUUUCAGCACAUUCAUGAACGCUGCUGUCCUUGCCUUAGUCAUUUUUAGUUCUGGCAUUUCCGUAUGCGUCGUUUGCCUUUACUUUAUGCGUAGAACUGAACAGGUAACUGCAUUCUUCGCAUCAAAUGCUGAAUAGUCUGGGAGUUAUUUCACCGCCGUAUGAAGACUGUCGCCUUCAUCGGUUCACUGCAAGAGUAACGUUGAGAGCAAAUUGUUUCGUGCGUGGACCUUCCUGACGAUUGUUUAACGCCCCUUUGCACUCAACGAUCUUGGCAGUUAGUUGCAUGUGUUGUUUUUUCCUACAGAUACUUGAAGCAAAUGUUUUAUCUAUUUUUCUACCUGUCCAUUUGAUAACGUUCAAUGCUGGUCUGUUGUUCAUUGAAACGUCUAGGCCUGUUGUGUUUUUUGUUAUGACUUGUUUUUUAUAAUAAACGAUGCCAUAGGGACUCAAC